CAUCACAUCCGACCGCCGCUCGGUAUCCUAGCAACCGCCAAACACUACCGUUCUCUCAGGCUGUGACAGUUCCCGUCUUCGGGGAGGUCGGCUCGUUUGUUUGCUCGUGUGGAAGAUGGACGCUGACGCUUCACCCGAGGAUCAAACCAAAGCGGUGGUUAAACCCUCAAUCUUCAGCUUAAUCUCACCGCGACGGAAGGAGGCCAAAGAAAUGUCCUACUUCAACACCAAGGCAAAGGUCACUGAAGUGCCCAUGUUUGACCGAAUGUACCACAACACUGAGGAUUUUGAUAUGAAGGAGCGAUUCCACACCCAGAAGUGUGGGAGAGGACUCGACAUAAACGAGGAGGAGAAGUCCAGACCGGUAGCUCUACUGUCGUCUUCGGAAUAUGGGCGUCGUUUCAAUUCAACCAUCAACCGAACAGCGAAGCGGCACCCACGCGUGGCUUUGAUCGAAUCCGAUUUUUACAGAAAAAGCGGGAUCAUCUGGAGUAUGGCAGAAGGAUAUGGGUCAGUGGUUCCACUCUGAAAGCUCUGUCCCACCCUGACAUACAAGGGGCUGGUUCCUUCUGUCUUUGCAUAAUAAAUGUGUUUUUUACC